CUUCGGUUAGAGAUUCCCAUUGAGAGUCCUUCACAUUGAUUGAACCUCACGGCUUGCCAUCUUCUCUCGUUUGUGAGUGUGGAUUUGCAUUUUGCAUUGAUUGAUGAUUUGAUUACCUAUCGGUCUCAAACACUCUCACCCUCAUCCACUCGUGAGUUUUGGCUCCCUUCUCUUUCGUGGGUUAUUCGCUUUUUGUUGAGUUCUUUUGCGUUAGCUUUCUUUCUUUAAUAUUCUCAAACACCCCAUUUGCCCAUUUGCCCUGUCAUCUACUUGGCCUCUCUUUUGUUGCCUUAGAUACCCAUUUGGCCAUUGGCUCUUGAUCUAUAAAGGAUGGUCUGUGGUUUUUCAAUAAUAUAUGAAUGCUGUUGUUGAUGUAUUUCGGUAACACGAGGAAGCUUAAAAAGCUUGGAUUCAAAUAAAUUUCUGAUUUUGGGGACCCGUGUUGAUGGUUUAUAGAAAUGAUAGGGCAAUAUUAAAAGGGAAGAAAGUAGUAGAAGAUAGCAAAGAGAAGAUCUGCUGAUCAAAAGGAUUGUCUGUAUAUGGCUAUGUCUACAGAGACAGCUAUGGCUAUCAAGUCUUACCAAAAUCAGGCUGAGGCAUUAGUUAAGAAUUACUUAUUAGCAGAUCCUUUCAUUCCUUACACUUCCGUCCUUGGUGGCAUUUUUGCUUGCAAAGUGGCCUAUGAUCUCACUCAAUUAAUCAGCACUUUUUACAUCAAAACUUAUAAUGGUCUUACAAAAAUUCAACGAAUUGAGUGGAACAAUCGAGGUAUGUCUACAAUUCAUGCUGUUUUCAUCACGGCUAUGUCACUGUACUUUGUCUUCUGGUCAGAUCUCUUUUCUGACCAUCAGCAUACUGGCAUUGUUACAUUAAGAAGCUCACAAUUCUCCAUUGUUGGACUUGGGGUUUCUGUUGGGUACUUCUUUGCGGACCUUGGAAUGAUUUUUUUGUACUAUCCUACUUUGGGUGGAAAGGAGUAUGUUAUCCAUCAUUCUCUUUCUACAAUUGCAGUAGCAUAUUCUAUGUUGUCUGGAGAAAUGCAGCUUUAUACAUACAUGUGCCUGAUCUCCGAAGUGACAACUCCAGAGAUUAAUAUGAGAUGGUAUCUUGAUACAGCUGGUCAUAAGAGGUCUGCUGCGUAUCUUAUUAAUGGUCUAGCAAUCUUUCUUGCUUGGCUGAUGGCAAGAAUUCUGCUGUUUCUUUACAUGUUUCACCACAUCUACUUGCACUAUGAUCAGGUUAUCCAGAUGAGCCUCUUUGGCUGUUUUCUGGUCUUUUUGGUUCCAGCAGUACUAUUUAUCAUGAACUUGAUGUGGUUUGGGAAGAUUAUCAAGGGAUUGAAGAAAACCUUGGCAAAAAGACAGAUAGAGGGCUAAAACCAAAAGAAAAGGUGAUCAGAUGUUGGAAAUCAAAUUAUUGUAUAUGAUUUACGAGGAUCGUGCACACAUCGAUCCUUAAAUCUACAACUAGCACAUGAUGUUCCUUUCAA